CACAAUUGGAUUGCAUUUGUUAUUUUCGUUCAAUGUCAACAAAAAUUGAGCAUGGCAGGUCUGGAAUUGCUUUCAGACCAAGGCUUUCGUAUUGACGGCCGAAAAUCAAAUGAACUCAGACGAAUUCAGUGUAGACUAGGGGUUUUCAGUCAAGCUGAUGGAUCAGCUUAUAUAGAACAAGGCAACACUAAAGUCUUGGCCGCGGUUUACGGCCCGCAUGAGAUUAGAGGCAGUAAAUCGAAGGCACUUCAUGAUAAAGUUCUUGUGAAUUGUCAGUACAGCAUGGCCACAUUCAGCACUGGUGAGCGUAAAAGACGUCCUAGAGGAGAUCGAAAGUCCAAAGAGAUGACAAUGCAUCUUCAGCAGACAUUUGAUGCUGCCAUACUUACUAGUUUGUAUCCAAGAUCACAGAUAGACAUCUUUGUUGAGGUUUUACAAUCAGAUGGAGGUAAUUACUGCGCUAGUGUAAAUGCUGCGACUCUUGCCCUCAUUGACGCUGGAAUUCCACUGAGAGACUAUGUUUGUGCUUGUUCUGCAAGCUUUGUAAAUGACAAACCUAUUGUUGACAUCAGUUACUUGGAAGAAUCAUCAGGUGGUGCGGAGUUAAUUGUAGCUACACUACCUAAAUCUGAACAAAUAGUGUUUCUUGAAAUGAAUGCACGUCUGCAUGAAGACAAUUUAAGCCCAGUGUUAGAUAUGGCUGUAAAAGGGUGUAAAGACAUCCAUGAUGUUUUGGACCAAGCUGUGAGAGAACAUGUUGGGGAAGUUGCUGCAAUAUCUGGUCUGGAGUGAAAAAUAAAUGUAUAAAAUUGUACAAUA